CGCAAGCGGCCAGCUGCGGAGACGCUCCGCGCGCCGCCUGCAGAUGUCGGAUAGGCAGGCGGCUGAGGGGCCGCCCUUCUGGAGCCCCGCAGCCCGCCGUGGGUCGGCGGGCGGCGUCGGGGACCGCCGGGGAGCGGAGGGGAGCCAGGCGGCCGCCUCAGAGAAGGAAGAUCUGGAGCACACCAGAGUCACCUCUCCACUGGCUUCCACCCCUGAUCCAGCACCGCAGUCCUCACCCUGCAGGUCACAGAUGGUAUCUCCAGCAAGUAAGGAUACCACAGAAGAUCUACAGAAGGUGGCUGGUGCCUCAGAGGUCCAGGCUCCAGGGGAGCAGGCGUUGCUGUCAGCAGGCCAGACCCAGGUUCCCAGUGAGAUGGCCAAGUACCAAGCUCCGCAGCGACCUGGAGACACAGUUAUGAUCCAGUCUGAGCACACUGGGGCUAUAGAUGUUCUUUCAGCGGAUUUGGAAUCUGCAGAUCUUCUGGGAGACCACAGGAAAGUGUCUCCACCUCAGAUGGCUCCUCCGUGCAUCUGGACCUUUGCCAAAGUGAAGGAGUUCAAAAGCAAGUUGGGCAAAGAGAAGAACAGCCGUCUGGUGGUGAAGCGGGGAGAAGUAGUCACCAUCCGGGUCCCCACCCACCCUGAGGGAAAGCGCGUCUGCUGGGAAUUCGCAACUGAUGACUAUGAUAUUGGUUUUGGAGUUUAUUUUGACUGGACCCCAGUAACCAGCACUGAUAUAACUGUGCAGGUCAGUGAUUCCAGUGAGGAUGAGGAUGAGGAAGAAGAAGAAGAGGAGGAGAUAGAAGAACCCGUUCCUGUGGGAGAUGUGGAGAGAGGCUCCAGGAGUUCUCUACGGGGUCGCUAUGGGGAAGUCAUGCCAGUGUACCGUCGGGACAGCCACCGCGAUGUGCAAGCUGGCAGCCACGACUACCCUGGGGAGGGCAUCUACUUGCUCAAGUUUGACAACUCGUACUCCCUGCUCCGCAACAAGACUCUCUACUUCCACAUCUACUACACCAGCUGAAGGGUGCUGGGCUUGGGCGGGCUGUGUUUGCUGGCUGAAGCAGGCUGCCAGCCGGUGCCUCUUGUGUGUAAGCAAGAGCCUGAAGUUCUGUGUGAGGCUCCCGAGCCUUGUGCCCUGCCUGGCAUGCCUGACUACUGACCCCAUGUAGCUUCCCCCCUUUCUUGGCUUCUGCAGGUGGUGUAGUGCUCCUGUUCUGUGGUCCCUGACUCACCUCUUGUUUCAGACUCCAGCAAAAACCCUCUCAGAAGGCCCCUAUGAGGCAAAAGCCUAAAAUGAAGUAGAAGGAUGUCUUUUAAAAUUGAUUGACACUGGUAAAGCUUACCAUUCAGGUUGCCGCUCACUCUCCUCCAGAGCCUGCCAAUGCACUUAGUAGCGCCUACCCUCUUUACAUUUCCGGGUGCCGGAAGAGGGAAAAGCACACUGUCAACGAAAGAGCCCAAUAUUUUGGAUAGAGAAUGCUCUGUCCAGCCUCUCACCACUGCCAUAUUCCUGCCUGCUGGGUAUUCUUCGUCUCUAGCUCAGGCUGGGAGACCUCACUGCCUUGGGUGGAUAUAUAUUAUUCCUGAUGAGUAGAUAGACCCCUCCUCUUUUCUCUUUACCACGUCUGUGUUCCUGCCAUGUAGCAAGACCCGCCAAGCAAUUGCAAGCUGUGGUCAGUGCCCUAGGAGAAGAAAGGGCCUCUAUUACUCCCUGUCUCCAGAGCUAGCUAGCUCCCUUCCUAAGGGCACUAGUAGUCGAUGAAGAAAAGGUGGAAGGUAGCACUCAACUCUCUCAGAACGUGCCCUUUUGGAAGUCAAGUAUUAGUCCCCCCACCCUGUCUUUAGGCCAAGGUUGUUACUUAGAAAGUUUGCUUUGAAACCAAAUACAAUGAAACCCAAUCGGGUUUUGCAGUGAUUCUAGGUUUGUGGGGGGUUUUUUUUGUUUUGUUUUUUUACUCUGAGGUCAGAAACCUUUUGAUGUUCAUAGUCCUUGGGAAAAGUAAUCAUGGCAUUUCAGGGUUGCUGCUGACUGUGUGUGCUCCUUACCUGACCAAAGCCUGCAGGCGACAGCCUCUUCCACUCCAUUCAUCCUGAGGCUGCAGAGCCGCAGAACGUAGUGUUGUAGUGGGUGGCCACAGAGCACCUGGUGCUGAGGCCUCGGGUGGAGGGAGCAAAGAGCGAGGCAUGGCCUCUGCAGCCAUCUGCACCUCUUUGUUGCCUACUCUGAGUUGUCUGUCAUUCUAUGGAACUUUAAAUGAUUUGGUCUGUUUUAUUUAUUUAUUUAUUUAUGUUUUGAAAAGCACAUUUCAGUUUGCCUUUGAAACAGUUCCCAUCUGUUUCUCAUAAGGCUUCCCAUCUGCUCUGAGCCAUUAUGGCCACCUCUCUUACGACGCUAACGAUGCUUCUAGGGCUUGGAAAUGAUCAUGUUCACUCCUGCAUGUCAGCCCUCUGAUGCUCUUGGAACAGCCUGCCCUUUCAGGGACAGAUGACCAUAACCUAGUCCAUCUUAGGUACAUCUCACUGCUCCCAGUGGGGGAUUCUAAGAUGCAUGGAUGCCCAUUCACUGCAGAUCAAUUGAAGGAACUGACUAGUGAGUCAGUGAUAAACCGAGCAACACGAUUAUCAGAUGCCAAGGUCCUUUUCUUCCUCUGACACCGCUUUUGUGAUGCUUCCUUUGCCACAGCUCUUUAUAGUGUGGUUGCCUCACAGCAAGCCUGUCUGUCCUCCAGGAGUGAUCACUCAAAGAGCAGCAUCUUGCCAGUAGGGGAUGCAUCCUGCAGCUCUUGUCAGCCUGAAAGCAGAGUGUGGAAUGUAUGGCCUGCCAUAGCCUCUCAGCACCAGACCUCCAUUAUUUCAUCAUUGUAGAUGUGUUUUAUAGGGGAUUAUACUGGCAAAAAUCCAUAUGCCUUCUAAGAAGUUAGUCAACUAUUUGGGCAGUGAAACAAACUUGCUGGUCAUCAUGGCAUCAGACAGCUGAGUUGAAGUUGAGUCAUGCUUUCACUGACUGAGUGUAAUUUUUGUUAAAACAAAACCUUCGGAGUCUUGAUUAUUUUUCCCGUUUAUUACUGACCCCUGACCUGCUCUCAGCCCAGUAGCAAAGCUCCAGGAGUCCCAUAGUAGUUAGGCUUUGCUCUGUCUUGUCUUUCAUUCUUGUAAUGAGGUCUUGGCAGCUUAUUUUCUGGGAGCCCCAGUUCUUUUAUAGCAGGGAAGUUAAGGGACUUCUCAUCUCUCCAUGUGCCUGUCACUGGCUGGUCAUUCUGCGACAGUUAUUUCUCACUGGUUUUUCCUCAGCAGGCUUUCUUUGUCUCUUGAACAUAAAAUAGCUAAAAGAAGACAUGUCUGCUGUAUGAUAUACUCACUAUUCUCACAAUAAAAUUUUGCAGUUAGAGACCAUGAGAGACCAAGUAUUACUUACUGAAACACAGGUAAUAAUGGAGAAUACAUACCUCAUGGGUUCUAAGAAGUAUCACUUCCUUGGUCCCUCUGUUUUCAAGUUUAAAGAACCAAACAAUGAAAUAAAUUAUCUUCUUUUAUCCUUGCCCAACUCUCUCGAGCACAAAUAAAUACUAUGCAGUUAAAGAAAGGAUUUCAUAAGAGGGCCGAGAUUAGGAUUCUUUUCACAAGAGUGGCUGAGUUCUUAAGGUUCUUCAAUUUAUCUAAUUUUGCUACUUUGUUAAGAGAUGGCUUUUUAAAAAGACAUAUCCGAAGUGCUAUUUUUCCAACAUCUUAUUCUAAAAAACUUUAGCAAACAAAAAAGCAUACACUUACACCCCACAUAUAUUUUUAAAUUACAAACUGCCAGUUUCUAAACAAAGAUUCUAGCUUUAAGUUCCCUUUGCCAAGUAGCCGGUUAGAGGCUGUUUCCUCUCCAUGGAGUCAGCUCUCUGUCAGAGAGCCCUGCAUAAGCAGAUCUCUUUUACUCAGUGUGGGCUGCCUAGGAGGUCUUCACAAAAAUGGCCACUAGCCUCAUCUUUCAGAAAGCUAGCUGUAUGUCCCUUCCUUCCUGCCGUAACCUCUGCUGCUUUCUUCUCUAUCUGUCGGUGUUAAGGUGAUUGUGUAGCAGUGUUGGGAAGCCUUCCUUCUUUAUUUGUUGUUUUUGGACACAGCCUCAGGAUGUUCAUCUGCAAACCCACUCCUCAGCUAACACGUGGAAAUAGGUAGCAGUUUGGAAGUAGACUAUUUUUGAUUGCUUAUGGAUGGAUUCAUGCACUUUAAAAAUAUUUUAUUUGGUAUUUAGAAAAAAUGGACUUCUAUUUUUAUUUUUUAAUUUUUAUCGUCCCAUUAUAUGAAUGUAUACUGUCCCAUUAUACAGGCAAGUUAAUCCAUGACUCUUGUAUAUUCUUGGGAGCAGAUAUUAUGGAGUUUAUAAUAUAUAACAUUUUUGAUUUUGAGUCCUAUUCAGUUCCUUCUUUGAGAGGACUGGGCAAACGUUAAGCCCUAAAGUCUAUGAUUGUAUAUUUAUGUUUAAAGACCCCUCUAAAAAAAGUUGCUUUUAAUCAGAGUCUGUGGUUCUAAGGUGUGGAAUUGAAUGACCCUAAUAUUUAUGUAGGAGACUUUUUAGUGGACAGAGAGAGGGGGGCACAAAUUAAGCAACUUCUGCUGCUUCAGAACUGCCUUUUAAAUGGACAGCAAAGGGAAAAAACAGAAGUGGGAUGAGUGAAUAAACCAUCGGUAUGUCCCAGAAUGCUUUUAGUGCUUUAGCACUGCUUUGCGUGUUGGAACUGCUUUGUAAGCCAGAGCCUUCCUUACUGGUCCUCCAGCCCUCUGUGCUAUCCGUCGGCAGGAUCAGCCAGAUGCACUUUGAGAAGGUCUGGUAAAUGUAACCCUGAGCCAAGGAUUGGUUUCUUGUCUCCAUCGUUUGGGGCUUAAGAGAGAUAAGAGGGUGAGAGAAGGCCAAGAGUCAGGCCACUUGUAGUGCUGAAGCCACAGUUGUGGAUGAGUCUUCAAAGGCAUCAUUCAGAUAUGUUUUGUCACCACAACACCAACAGCAUGUGAGGGCUGGGGGAACAAGCAGGCCUCCUGUUAGCCUGACAGCAUCGACAUCUUGAACCACACACAGCAAACAGUUUUCACUAUUAGGGCUUCUAAUUAGAGUUUCAUCCAAAUUAACCUCUGUCUCUAGUUUUUGCCAUAUGACCAGAAGUAUAAAAAUGCCUACACUUUGAGAAAAGGAAGUCACAUGUUCCUGUUAAGAGUCUUGCUGUUUGAGCUUUCAUCUGAAGGAAGGGAAUUGGUGUCCUUGCUACUGUGCAGGUCCUUUGUUAAGGGGUAUGUGGUCUAUAAAAAGCAAGUCUCUGUAUUCAUUGUGUACAUGUGCUCAGGGAGCUAUCACACUCUUUCUUUGGGGAGUAUCAAAACCCAUUCAUAAGCUGAGUUUCUGAUUUCCAAUGACCCAAGCAAGGACUCUUUGUUCUGUUCUUGGUGGCAUUUUGGGUGACACUCAGGCAAGAACUUCCUGGAUCUGUGUGUAUCUGAUGCUGGUCACUGACAGCCUUCUGUGUAACUUGUCUAACACCUGUGGGCAUUCCCAAAGAACAGCCAGUUAUCUAGGUGGUGAGAUUAGGGUGAAUUGUGACCUAAUAUGCAGAGAACAGUGUAAGCAUUGUGUGCCAGUGUGCAUCACUGUUCCUGAUGAGAGGUACUAUCGCCUUCUCGAACCAAGUAGGCUAACCAGAGACUCUGAGCCACUGUCUCAAAGCUAAGACGUCUCAAUCAAUGACAAAACCUGAUAGGGUAUAUAUAACUUAGGUCUUUUACAAAUAGUCAUUCCUCAUGAACUCAAUACAAAGACAGGACACUGGCUGUGAAAUUGUAGGGCUGGUCCCUGGGGUUUGAACCCAUGGUCCAACUUUUAGCAUGUGGACUACUGUAAUAGCUGUUCAUGCUACACUACAGUAAAAAUGGUACCCAGAGACCUAGUCAUACACCAUGCUUUAUGAACUUUCAGAGUUUCCUGUCAGUUAAAUCAGGUAGCUUUUUAGCUUAUCUGGGGGUAAAAUUGUAUAUGUGAAAUGACUUAGUGGGGACAAAUACAUUUUCUAAAGUUUUGAUGGAGGGUCCUGACAGAUUCCAAAGUUUGGAGCUGAAAUACUGUAUUACUGAAGAGCCCUUAAUUCACUAUCAGUUUAAGGGGUCCUCUUAAAUGCCUCACCACUCAGGGUUGAGAUGCCUGGUCUUUAAUGGCUCCUUGUUCUUGUCAUUGUUCAUUCUUAGGUUCAGGCCAGGACCCAUCUAGAAAACAUUUUAAUUCCUUCUCUUAUAUCCUAAAUAGUACAUUUUAUUACGACAUUUUAUGUUAAAAAUACAUCUGUUUCCUGUUUUGAGAUUAUUGUUCCAUAAGUGAAUUAACUUUUAUUUAAUCAGUCUGAGUUAUUUAAAGAACAAGCCAGUCUGGAAAAAAGCAAUCCCGUGAUGCAUGACUUUGGUAUAUCCAUGUCCCCUUAAUGAUGGAAAGUGUUUUGAAACCCACAGAAGAAAUGUUUGAUGCUUUGUAAUAAAAACUAAAUGCAUCUGCAGAUGCUUUGUAAUCAAAGUGCUAGAUUCUAGAGAGCAGAGUGACUAAGGAUAAUGGGAAGGCAGAGAGGUGCUUGGAGAUUUUUCUAAACCAUACUAUGCCAUUCGCUAGUGCUUUCAAAGGGCUACUUUGGAGCCAUCGGUGGUUAAGAGGUGAUUGUGUUUUCUUGGUAAAUGUUUAAGCAGCUGACAACCAUGAAGACAUUCUUUCCUUACUGUCGUGUGUCACACGCUGAUGCCAAGGUUGCCAAAGGCCUGGAAGAAAAACUCUAUCAGUCUUGUCUCUUUUCUUCAAAAUGCAAAUGAAUCCAAAUAAAACAGCCAUCAUAGUCAACUUGUUUUACACGUCACGCUGUCAUGAGAAAUGCUGUCAACAUGUAUGAUUUCUCCAUUAAGAACUCUACCAAUUGUCAGUACUUCUACUGAGUGGGUUUUCUUUUGUCGUAUUCUCACCUCAAGGCACUGAAUGUGUUGCUGUGAUACAUGGAUGGGUCCUGAGCCAUGGUUUAAACAGCUCAUUUCUGGUGUUUUUAUAUUAUGUGACAGUUUUGUGAAAUGCUUUUGUGCGUUUUUUGUCUUCUUUUCCAAGUUUUGAAAUCUGUCAUAAAUAAACUUUUUCACUGUGCACCUAAAA